GCUCUAAAAUUGAAACGAAGCGUGUAAGAAGCAGAAAUGGAGGAGGAACAGAAACAGGGGAUUUAGGGGAGGCGAGAAAAAUAGGAAGAGAGAAAAUACAAAAGAUUGAGAGAGAAAUUCAAGGAAUAGAGAAAAUUAUGAAAAGUUGGUUAGAGGCGUCAUCAUGUGGUGGUGGUGGUGGUGGUAGAGGAGGAGAAGGGAGAAAGAAGGUAGACAUUGAUGAACCUGUAGAGCUAGCUUCCAUUGAUGGAACUAGCGCGUAUAGUCUCUCUAAUGGCAUACUUCCUUCUCUCGGCGCUCGUAGCAACCGCCGUGUUGUGCUCCGCCCCUACAUUGUCUCUCCUUUUCUUCCCCAAUAUAAAUGGUGGGAGUCAUUUCUGGUACUUUUGGUUUUGUAUACUGCAUGGGUGUCUCCCUACGAAUUUGGAUUCAUUCGAAGCCCAAUCAAAGUCCUUUCUAUUGCUGAUAAUAUUGUGAAUGGAAUAUUUGGUAUUGAUAUUGUUUUGACCUUCUUUGUUGCGUAUCUUGAUUCACAAACUUUCCUACUUGUUGAUGAUCAUAAGAAGAUUGCUUGGAGGUAUUUGAGAAGCUGGUUUAUUUUAGAUAUCAUAUCAACAGUUCCUUCAGAACUUGGGGAGAAGAUACUCCCUCACAGUCUCCAGGCCUUUGAUGGUCUUUUCAAUAUGCUACGCCUUUGGCGUCUCCGUAGAGUCAGUAAGAUGUUCUCAAGAUUGGAGAAAGAUCGAAACGUAAACUAUUUUUGGAUUCGAUGCUUGAAGCUAGUUGUUGUGACUCUUUUUACGGUUCAUUGUGCUGCCUGCUUUUACUAUUUCAUUGGUACUCAUUAUCCUGACCCAACAAAAACUUGGAUUGCUCUUGAAAUGGACAACUUUAAAGACGCGGAUCUGUGGUUGCGUUAUGUAACAUCAAUCUACUGGUCAAUCACCACGCUCACCACAACUGGUUAUGGUGAUUUGCACCCUGUGAAUACAUGGGAGAUGAUCUUUGAUAUUUUUUAUAUGUUCUUCAAUCUUGGAUUGACUGCAUAUUUGAUAGGAAAUAUGACAAACUUAGUGGUUCAUGGGACUAGCAGAACUAGAACAUUCAGGGACACAAUUCAAGCAGCCUCCAGUUUUGCAGUGAGGAAUAGACUUCCUAUUCGCUUACAAGACCAAAUGGUUGCUCACUUAUGUUUGAAAUACAGAACUGAUUCUGAAGGUUUGCAACAGCAAGAAAUUCUUGAAUCCCUUCCCAAGGCAAUUAAGUCAAGUAUUUCACAUUAUCUUUUCUAUUCGCUGCUUGAUCAUGUGUAUCUGUUCCGUGGAGUAUCAAAUGACUUGCUUUUCCAGCUGGUUUCAGAGAUGAAAGCCGAGUACUUCCCUCCCAAAGAAGAUGUAAUUUUGCAGAAUGAGGCACCUACUGAUCUAUAUGUACUAGUCUCUGGUGCAAUGGAAUUUAUCAUCCAUAAAAAUGGAACUGAACAGAUUGUUAACGAGGUUUACUCAGGAGGUGUGUGCGGGGAGAUAGGUGUUCUUUGUUAUAGACCACAACUCUUUACCGUUCGUACCAAGAGAUUAUGUCAGCUGUUGCGUCUGAAUCGUACUGUUCUUCUGAAUGUUGUUCAGGCAAAUGUUGGGGAUGGAGCAAUCAUCAUGAACAAUCUCCUAGAGCAUUUAAAAGAGCAGAAGGAUUCACUGAUGCAAACUGUUCUUAGAGAAAUAGAAAACAUGCUAGCUCACGGUCGAAUGGAUUUGCCCCUCAGUUUAUGUUUUGCAGCCACAAGAGGAGAUGUACCAUUGUUGCAACAUUUGCUGAAACGAGGUUCUGAACCAAAUGAGGCGGAUAUGAAUGGGCGCACUGCUCUGCACAUUGCAGCUGCAAAUGGGACUGAAAAUUGUGCCAUUGUCCUUCUAGCACAUGGAAUAGAUCCAAAUAUUAAUGAUUCAGAAGGGAAUGUUCCACUUUGGGAUGCAAUAUUGGGGAGGCACGACGCUUUGAUCAGGCUUCUAGUAGAGCAGGGUGCUACACUAGCAUUUGGUGAUGCAGCUCAGUAUGCCUGUUAUGCAGUAGAGCAAGAUAACUUUGAUCUGCUUAAGGAUGUUGUUCGGUACGGUGGAGAUGUAACUUUGGCCAAGAGCAAUGGAUCUACAGCUCUUCAUGCUGCGGUUCCUCACGGAAAUCCUAAAAUAGUAGAGUUCCUUUUGACGAAAGGGGCAGGAAUGGACAUUCCUGAUAUGCAUGGAUGGACACCAAGGGGUUUGGCCGAUUUCCAUGGGAAUGAAGAAAUUAAGGCAUUAUUUCGUUCCAAAGAAGAGGGUAGUUCACAAUCAGUUGUUAUGGUGUCCGACAAGGAAACUGAUCCUACUUUUAUCAAGAAUAUUAAGACAGAUUCGGAUGUUACUCCACGUACAAGUGAAGUAACUUGGGGUAACAAGCAGCCUCGUCGCCAGGUGAACACGUAUCGAAAUUCCCUAUUUGGGAUCAUGUCUGCUGCUGCUGCUAGAGUUGAGGCACAAAGUGAUGGUGGUAAUUUCCCAAACUCUGCGUUUCUGGGAAACCAACCUGCUAGAGUGAUACUGAGAUGUCGUGGAUGGGAUGAAGCAACCAAGCUUGUAAUGUUGCCUGAGACGAUGAAAGAACUACUUGAAAUAGGCAGCAAUAAAUUUGGACGGCAUUGUAGUAAAGUAACAACUUCAGAAGGAGCUGAAAUCGAUGAGAUAGAGCUCAUUAGAGACGGUGACCAACUUUGUCUCGUAUGUGAAGAAAACAAUACGCCUGAAAGCUAGUACGUAAUUGGUCAUGUUUAUUUGCUUCAGAAAAGAAUUGAAUGGCUUCUGCCUGCUGCCUGCUGCCUGCUGGAGUUGGGAGGAAAUAUAACAUCCAAAAGCAAGAUUUGAGACAGGCAGAUAGGUUUUGUAAGAAAUGGUUCAUGUACUUUACUGUACCAGAGUCCAGAGGGGUUGGUGAGUGGUGAUUCAAUUUUUAUUGGUCAUUUUUGUGGUAUUCAUCCUUACUGCUUGUAUAUUGAUGAGAAAACUCAAGUCCUGGAGGGAAAUGUAAAAUUAACCGCAACCCUAUGAUCGAUUCCAAUGGUUUCUGAUUGUUCAUAAUUCGAGUACAUAAAAUUGUUGAUUGUUACUUAAUAAAUUGGAUUUCGGGGUGAAGUUAUUAUAUUGUUGCUGUGAGGGAAAUAAGGCAAUAAAUUGAUUGGAAUAUAUGUAGGGGAGUUGAUCAAGAACAAAAGAUCAAAAUCACUCUUGAGGUCAUCUCAAGCGCUUACUAGGAUUCUUCAUGAAUCAUGAUGAUGACAUUGUUGGUGUUGUUAUGCUAUGUUUAAUUAUUACUCCGUAUGUAAGUAAUGUUUUAGUCAAUUUUUUAAUGAAUUUAAGAGUAAUGUUUGGCAAGCUAGGGUUUUUAUUUCAUCAAUCUAUCAUUUAAUGUUUUUUUAAUCA